AUGAUGCGGACGAACAAUAAAGGCCGUAGCGCCUCCCCCCACAGGAACGCCUACAAGUCUGACUUCCACACCAUCAAAUACUCCUUGGACACCGCGACCAAGCCUAGACCUACUUCGCUGAGCCUCUCUAUCCCUUCACCAGGCCCCAUGGCGGUCCCUCACACCAGGACCAGCAGUGCCAGUGGCCCUGGUGAGUGUUCCAGGGGUAGGACCCUCAGUCCUAGAGGGACCAAGAUCAGAGACAACAUCUUCCUCCAGAUGGACAGCCAACAGCACCUCCUCCACCCCUUGUCUCAGACCCUACCCAAAUGCGCUCUCAGCUACAGCUCUGUCCGGAGCAGUGUGGCCAGCAUGUCCAGCGUAGAAUCAUCUAUGCUAGAUAAACCGUCCAAGGCAGAGGAGAUAGCAGAGAUAGACAGAGCGGCUCUAGCUCAAAAGUUCUCUGUGACCCGGAAGCUGUUUGAGACGGUCAGCGGGGGUCAAAGUUUAAAGGUCAGCCCUGGCAGAGAUAGCAGGGGGUCUGUGGAUGGGAGGGGGGAAGAAGGGGGCAUGGGGAGAGAGGAACUGACAUCCACGUCAGAAAGCGAAGGAGAGGGGGAGAGGAGGAAAGAGAGGGAGGACAGAAAACCCAUCAACAUACACACACACAUUUCUCUACCAAACAUAGAACUCCACACACACACUUUAUCACUGGACACCAGCUUGUCUGCACCCCUUCACCCUGUUAAUGGUCACUCCAGUGAGACUUUUUCCCCUGAUGGCCCAAGUCCUACGGCUGACCCCUCAGACAGCAGGAGUGUGUGUGAUGGAAGUGUGUUAGAUGGGAGUGUGUGUGAGGACUCUGUGUGCUCCCAUGUAUUCAACCCACCUAGCCCAGCACCCAGCUCUCCCCACUCUCAGCCUCCAUCCCCUUCUUAUGACUCCCCUAGUCCUCUCACCCCAGUCUCCCCCUGUUCUGACCAGUCUGACUUCUAUGGCCCUAGUAGUCCUAAUGCUGACAACAGAAGUUUGUCUGAGGGGAAUGAUCCUAAUGACCUUUACAUGACCCCUGGUGACCCUUUGACCCCCACCGAGAGGUCAAGGGCUAGGACUGUGAGGGCAGAGCUAGUGGAGGUGAAGAACGAGUCGUCUGAGAGCGAAGGGAACGAGGCAGAGGAGGAUGAGGACACCAUAAAGAAGGAAGAGGAGACCAUGAAGGAAGAGGAGGAAAGCAAGAGGGAGGAGAGCAAUGAGAAUAACCUGGUGGAUGAUGUGUUUGAAGAAUCCAGAGUGGAACCUAGAAUGUUAGAACAGAGAAUGGUUGAACCUACAGCGCAAACUAAAAUGGUGGAACAGAGAACAGUUGAACCUCCAGUAGAACACAGAAUGGUAGAACCCUCGUUAAGAGAGUGUGUGGAGGGAUUCCCUGACAGUUCUGCGGUGAGAGAGAAGGAAUCAGGGAGAGACAUGUUCCAGCAGGAGAUAGAAUGGAGGGAGGGGCAAAUGGAGGGAGAAAGCAGACAGUAUAGAGAAGAAGGGACGACAGGAGAGAGUAAGAUGGAGAACGAGAAGGUAGGGACGGAAGAAAGAGAUGAGGCAGGAGAGCAGGAGAAAGUUGAGGAUAGAGGAAGCAUGUGCAAUAAGAGCAAAGAAGAAGAGGAGAGAGAGGAGGACGGGAACGAGAAGGCCGGAUUGGAGCCAAGAGAGGAUAGGGUGAAGGAGGAAGAGAGAGAGGAAGAAGAGAGGAAGUGCAGAUGGAGAGUGGACGUGAAGGAUGAGGACAAAGAGAGAGAAGAGAGAGAGUGCCCCGAGAGAGGAGAGGAGAAGAAUGGAUCUGCCAUCAUCCUUGGGAUUGAGAACGAGGCCUUCGCGGAAGACAGGGAACGGGACUCGGAGUGUCGUCAUGGCGAUUGGUUGUGUCCUAGAGAGGACUCAGAAAGAUGUCCAACUCCGGAUCCAGAGGAGCAGCUCUCUGCUGAAUAUGAGGAGAUUCCCGGUCUUCCUCAUGAGGAUGAUGAGGAUUUUGCUAAGACAAGGAAGGUCAAAUUCUCUACAGCACCAAUCAAGGUAAACCCCCCCCCCCCCCCCCCCCCCCCAAUUGCAUUGUUAGAAAAACAACACAAAAACACUCACCCCAUUGGGUUUGAUAAAGGGGUGCCAGAUUUUGAUUCAGAGAGUAAGUAUGGCCCAAUCCCUUAGUUGUGGUAAAAUGAAAAGCAUGGAUAGAAUAGCUGAAGAGUGAAGGGUUUAUGAAUAGAUGGAGAGUCAUUUGAACCCUACAGACACAUUUAUAUCCCAUCAGGUUAAGAGGAGACAGGCAAGAUCUCAUGCUCUGUCAGGUAUUCAGUUCAGAACAGCUGAGGUGUAAGAACAAGUCAAAGUUUAUUGGUCGUGUACACAGAUUUGCAGAUGUUAUCAGGUGCAGCGAAAUGCUUGUGUUUCUAGCUCCAACAGUGCAGUAAUAAUACCUAGUAAUAAUACCUAGCAAUACAAAACAAUACGCACAUAAUCCAAAAAGAAAGAAAUUAAGAAAUAACAGAACGAGCAAUGUCAGUGUCCGGUAUUUACAGUUGAUGUCGUAAGUUACACCUCAGCCAAAUACAUUUAAACUCAGUUUUUCACAAUUCCUGACAUUUAAUCCUAGUAAAAAUUCCCUGUCUUAGGUAAGUUAGGAUCACCACUUUAUUUUAAGAAUGUGAAAUGUCAGAAUAAUAGUAGAGAUUUAUUAAAGUUUUUAUUUCUUUCAUCACAUUCCCAGUGGGUCAGAAGUUUACAUACACUCAAUUAGUAUUUGGUAGCAUUGCCUUUAAAUUGUUUAACUUGGGUCAAACGUUUCGGGUAGCCUUCCACAAGCUUCCCACAAUAAGUUGGGUGAAUUUUGGCCCAUUCCUCCUGACAGAGCUGGUGUAACUGAUUCACGUUUGUAGGCCUCCUUGCUUGCACACGCCUUUUCAGUUCUGCCCACACAUUUUCUAUAGGAUUGAGGUCAGGGCUUUGUGAUGGCCACUCCAAUACCUUGACUUUGUUGUCCUUAAGCCAACUUUGGAAGUAUGCUUGGGGUCAUUGUCCAUUUGGAAGACCCAUUUGCGACCAAGCUUUAACUUCCUGACUGAUGUCUUGAGAUGUUGCUUCAAUAUAUCCACAUAAUUUUCCUUCCUCAUGAUGCCAUCUAUUUUGUGAAGUGCACUAGUCCCUCCUGCAGCAAAGCACCCCCACAGCAUGAUGCUGCCACCCCUGUGCUUCACGGUUGGGAUGGUGUUCUUCGGCUUGCAAGUGCCCCCCUUUUUCCAUCAUAACGAUGGUCAUUAUGGGCAAACAGUUCUAUUUUUGUUUCAUCAGACCAGAGGACAUUUCUCCAAAAAGUAAGAUCUUUGUCCCAAUGUGCAGUUGCAAACCAUAGUCUGGCUUUUUUAUGGCGGUUUUGGAGCAGUGGCUUCUUCCUUCCUGAGCGGCCUUUCAGGUUAUGUCGAUAUAGGAUUCGUUUUACUGUGGAUAUAGAUACUUGUCAUGCACAAAGUAGAUGUCCUAACCGACUUGCCAAAACUAUAGUUUGUUAACAAGAAAUGUGUGGAGUGGUUGAAAAACAAGUUUUAAUGACUCCAACCUAAGUGUAUGUAAACUUCUGACUUCAACUGUAUACAUAUAUACACAUGCAGUACCAUUCAAAAGUUUGGACAUACCUACUAAUUCAAGGGUUUUUCUUUAUUUGUACAAUUCUUUACAUUGUAGAAUAAUAGUGAAGACAUCAAAUCUAUGAAAUAACACAUAUGGAAUCAUGUAGUAACUAAAAAAGUGUUAAACAAAUCAAAACAUAUUUUAUAUUUGAGAUUCUUCAAAUAGCCACCCUUUGCCUUGAUGACAGCUUUGCACACUCUUGGCAUUCUCUCAACCAGCUUCAGCUGGAAUGCUUUUCCAACCGUCUUGAAGAAGUUCCCACAUAUGCUGAGCACUUGUUGGCUGCUUUUCCUUCACUCUGCCGUCCGACUCAUCCCAAACCAUCUCAAUUGGGUUGAGGUCGGGGAUUGUGGAGGCCAGGUCAUCUGAUGCAGCAUUCCAUCACUCUCCAUCUUGGUCAAAUAGCCCUUACACAGCCUGGAGGUGUGUUGGGUCAUUGUCCUGUUGAAAAACAAAUGAUAGUCCCACUAAGCCCAAACCAGAUUGGAUGGUGUAUUGCUGCAGAAUGCGGUGGUAGCCAUGCUGGUUAAGUGUGCCUUGAAUUCUAAAUAAAUCACAGACAGUGUCACCAGCAAAGCACCCCCAGUCCAUAACACCUCCUCCUCCAUGCUUUACGGUGGAAACUACACAUGCAGAGUUCAUCCGUUCACCCACACCGCGUCUCACAAAAACACGGCAGUUUGAACCAAAAACCUCCAAUUUGGACUCCAGACCAAAGGACAAAUUUCCAUCAGUCUAAUGUCCAUUGCUGAUGUUUCUUGGCCCAAGCAGGUCUCCUCUUCUUGUUGGUGUCCUUUAGUAGUGGUUUCUUUGCAGCAAUUCGACCAUGAAGGCCUGAUUCACACAGUCCCCUCUGAACAGUUGAUGUUGAGAUGUGUCUUUUACUUGAACUCUGUGAAGCAUUUAUUUGGGCUGCAAUUUCUGAGGCUGGUAACUCUAAUGAACUUAUCCUCUGCAGCAGAGGUAACUCUGGGUCUUCCAUUCAUGUGGCGGUCCUCAUGAGAGCCAGUUUCAUCAUAGCUCAUAGCACUUGAAGAAACGUUCAAAGUUCUUGAAAUGUUCUGUAUUGACUGACCUUCAUGUCUUAAAGUAAUGAUGGACUGUCGUCUCUCUUUGCUUAUUUGAGUUGUUCUUGCCAUAAUAUGGACUUGGUCUUUUACCAAAUAGGGCUAUCUUCUGUAUACCACCCCCUACCUUGUCACAACACAACUGAUUGGCUCAAACGCAUUAAGAAGGAAAGAAAUUCCACAAAUUAACUUUUAAGAAGGCACACCUGUUAAUUGAAAUGCAUUUCAGGUGAGUACCUCAUGAAGCUGGUUGAGAGAAUGCCAAGAGUGUGCAAAGCUGUCAUCAAGGCAAACGGUGGCUAUUUGAAGAAUCUUUUGAUUUGUUUAACACGUUUUUAGUUACUACAUGAUUCCAUAUGUGUUAUUUAAUCGUUUUGAUGUCUUCACUAUUAUUCUACAAUGUAAAAAAUAGUAAAAAUAAAGAAAAACCCUUGAAUGAGUAGGUGUGUCCAAACAUGUUGACUGGUAAUGUGUGUGUGUGUAUGUGUGUAUAUACAGCUGCGGAAAAAAUUAAGAGACCACUGCAAAAUUAUCAGUUUCUCUGGUUUUACUAUUUAUAGGUAUGUGUUUGUGUAAAAAUAACAUUUUUGUUUUAUUCUAUAAUCUACUGACAACAUUUCUCCCAAAUUCCAAAUAAAAAUAUUGUCAUUUAGAGCAUUUAUUUGCAGAAAAUGACAACUGGUCAAAAUAACAAAAAAGAUGCAGUGUUGUCAGACCUCGAAUAACGCAAAGAAAAUAAGUUCAUGUUAAUUUUUGAACAACACAAUAGUAAUGUUUUAACUUAGGAAGAGUUUAGAAAUCAAUAUUUGGUGGAAUAACCCUGAUUUUGAAUCACAGCUUUCAUGCGUCUUUCACAUUGAUGUUGGGUGACUUUAUGCCACUCCUGGCGCAAAAAUUCAAGCAGCUCGGCUUUGUUUGAUGGCUUGUGACCAUCCAUCUUCCUCUUGAUCACAUUCCAGAAGUUUUCAAUGGGGUUCAGGUCUGGAGAUUGGGCUGGCCAUGACAGGGUCUUGAUCUGGUGGUCCUCCAUCCACACCUUGAUUGACCUGGCUGUGUGGCAUGGCGCAUUGUCUUGCUGGAAAAAACUAUCCUCAGAGUUGGGGAACAAUGUCAGAGCAAAAGGAAGCAAGUUUUCUUCCAGGAGAACCUUGUACGUGGCUUGAUUCAUGCAUCCUUCACAAAGACAAAUCUGCCCGAUUCCAGCCUUGCUGAAGCACCCCUAGAUCAUCACUGAUCCUCCACCAAAUUUCACAGUGGGUGCGAGACACUCUGGCUUGUAGGCCUCUCCAGGUCUCCAUCUAACCAUUAGACGACCAGGUGUUGGGCAAAGCUGAAAAUUGGACUCAUCAGAGAAGAUGGCCUUACUCCAGUCCUCUACGGUUCAAUCCUUAUGGUCUUUUGCAAACCUCAGCCUGGCUCUUCUUUGCUUCUCAUUGAUGAAGGGCUUUUUUCUAGCUUUGCACCACUUCAGCCCUGCCCCUAGGAGCCUGUUUCGAACCGUCCUCGCCGUGCACUUCACCCCAGCUGCCGUUUGCCAUUCUUUUUGUAGGUCACUUGAUGUCAUCCUACGGUUGUUGAGUGACAUUCGAAUGAGUUGGCGGUCAUCCCGGUCAGUAGAGAGUCGUUUUCGCCCUCUGCCGGUCUGUAGCUUUGUUGUCCCCAAUGUCUGCUGCUUGACCUUGUUCUUAUUUUAAGGAUGGAAGCAACCUGACGCUCACUGUAUCCCUCUGCCAGUAAAGCCAGAAUUGAACCCUUCUUUUCCUCACUCAACUUUCCUUUUCAACUCUUUUGGCAUGGUCAAUAGUUAUUUUUUUAUUAAUAUUACUUUUGAGGUACUAUUAGCACUGUUUUUGCCAUCCAGCUGGUCCUAUUGCAAGAGGAUAGUGAUGACCACAGCAGUGGUUUUUAUACUUUUCCUCGUUAAAUAAGAUUUGGUUCAUGUGAUCAAAAAAAAUCACCUAAUCAGUACCUAAUUCAGUAGAAUGAUGCCAUUUAGCAGACACUUUUACACAAAGCGACUUACAGUCAUGCGUGCAUACAUUUUUGUGUAUGGGUGGUCCCGGGGAUCGAACCCACUACCUUGGCUUUACAAGCGCCAUGCUCUACCAGCUGAGCAGGUGUGCCUGUGUUGGAAUUCAACAGACACUGGAAUGGAAUGGCUGUCAUACAUGUAGAGAUGCUGAUUUAAGAAACAUUUGCAGUGGUCUCUUAAUAUUUUUCCAGAGCUAUAUAUACGCACACACACACUGAACAAAAAUAUAAACGCAACAAUUUCAACGAUUUUACUGAGUUACAGUUCAUAAAAGGAAAUCAACCAAUUGAAAUACAUUCAUUAGGCCCUAAUCUAUGGAUUUCACAUGACUAGGAAGGGGCGCAGCCACAUGGUAGCCAGGCCCAGCAAAUCAGAAUUUGUUUUUCCCCCACAAAAGGGCUUUAUUACAGACAGAAAUACUCCUCAGUUUCAUCAGCUGUCCGGGUGGCUGGUCUCAGACGAUCCCGCAGGUGAAGAAGCUGGAUGUGGAGGUCCUGGGCUGGCGUGGUUACUGGUCGUCUGCGGUUGUGAGACCAGUUGGAUGUACUGUAAAAUUUUCUAAAACGACGUUGGAGGCGGCUUAUGGUAGAGUAAGGAACAUUCAACAGCUCUGGUGGACAUUCCUGCGGUCAGCAUGCCAAUUGGCAUUGUGUUGUGUGACAAAACUGCACAUUUUAGAGUGGCCUUUUAUUGUCCCCAGCACAAGGUGCAUCUGUGUAAUGAUCAUGCUGUUUAAUCAGCUUCUUGAUAUGCCACACCUGUCAGGGGGAUGGAUUAUUUUGUCAAAGGAGACAUGCUCACUAACAGGGAAGUAAACAAAUUUGUGCACAGAAUUUGAGAGAAACAAGCUUUUUGUGUGUGGAACAUUUCUGGGAUGAUUUUAUUUCAGCUCAUGAAACAUGGGACCAACACUUUACAUGUUAGGGUUAUAUUUUUGUUCAGUAUAUCUAUCUAUCUAUCAAUCAUUGACGGCUGGUGGGAGGAGCUAUAGGAGGAAGUGCUCAUUGUAAUGGCUGAAAUGGAAUAAAUGGAAUUGUAUCAAACAUAUAGAAACCACGUUUGACUCCGUUCCAUUAAUUCCAUUCUAGCAAUUACAAUGGGCCCGUCCUCCUAUAGCUCCUCCCACCAGCCUCCACUGAGAUAUAUAUACAUACAGUGCAUUCGGAAGGUAUUCAGACACCUUAACUUUUUCCACAUUUUGUUACGUUACAGCCGUAUUCUAAAAUGGAUUAAAUUAAUAAAAAUCCUCACCAUUCUACACACAAUACCCCAUAAUGACAAAGUAAAAACUGGUUUUUAGAUUUUUUUGCUAAUUUAUAAAAUAAAAUAAAACGAAUUUAUAUGUACAUAAGUAUUCAGACCCUUUACUCAGUACUUUGUUGAAGCACCUUUGGCAGAAACUACAGCCUUGAGUCUUUUUGGGUAUGACGCUACAAGCUUGAAACACCUGUAUUUGGGGAGUUUCUCCCAUUCUUCUCUGCAGAUCCUCUCAAGCUCUGUCAGUUUGGAUGGGGAGCGUCGCUGAACAGCUAUUUCAAGUCCGGGCUCUGGCUGGGCCACUCAAGGACAUUCAGAGACUUGUCCCGAAGUCACUCCUGCAUUGUCUUGGCUGUGUGUUUAGGGUCUUUGUCCUGUUGGAAGGUGAACCUUCGCCCCAGUCUGGGGGCUCCUGAGUGGCGCAGUGGUCUAAGGCACUGCAUCGCAGAGUGCUAGCUGUGUCACUAGAGAUCCUGGUUCGAAUCCAGGCUCUGUCGCAGCCGGCCGCGACCGGGAGACCCAUGGGGCGGCGCACAAUUGGCCCAGCGUCGUCCAGGGUAGGGGAGGGAAUGGCCGGCAGGGAUGUAGCUCAGUUGAUAGAGCAUGGCGUUUGCAACGCCAGGGUUGUGGGUUUGAUUCCCACAGGGGGCCAGUAUAAAAAAAAAAAUUAAUAAUAAUAAUAUGUAUUCACUAACUGUAAGUCGCUCUGGAUAAGAGCGUCUGCUAAAUGACUAAAAAUGUAAAAUAAAUGUAAAUGUCCUGAGCGCUCUGGAGCAGGUUUUCAUCAAGGAUCCCUCUGUGCUUUGCUCCGUUCAUCUCUCCCUCGAUCCUGACUAGUCUCCCAGUCCCUGCUGCUGAAAAACAUUCCCACAGCAUGAUGCUGCCACCACCAUGCUUCACCGUAGGGAUGGUGCCAGGUUUCCUCCAGACGUGACGCUUGGCAUUCUGGCCAAAGAGUUAAAUAUUGGUUUCAUCAAACCAGAUAAUCUUGUUUCUCAUGGUCUGAGAGUCUUUAAGUGCCUUUUAUUGAGGAGUGGCUUCCGUCUGGCUACUCUACCAAUAAGGCCUGAUUGGUGCAGUGCUGCAGAGAUGGCUGUCCUUCUUGAAGAUUAUUCCAUCUCCACAGAGGAACUCUGGAGCUCUGUCAGAGUGACCAUCGGGUUCUUGGUCACCUCCCUGACCAAGGCCCUUUUCCCCCGAUUGCUCAGUUUGGCCGGGUGGCCAGAUCUAGGAAGAGUCUUGGUGGUUCCAAACUUCUUCCAUUUAAGAAUGAUGGAGGCCACUAUGUUCUUGGGGACCUCCAAUGCUGCAGAAAUGUUUUGGUACCCUUCCCCAGAUCUGUGCCUCGACACAAUCCUGUCUCGGCGCUCUACGGACAAUUCCGAUAUUUUUGGGGGGUAGAUUGAGGAGGGGGAAAAAACCAAUUUUAUUAAUUUUAAAAUAAGGCUUUAACGUAACAAAGUGGAAAAAGUCACGGGGUCUGAAUAUUUUCCGAAUGCACUGUAUAUAUAAUGCUGUGUAUGGACAGUAUAUGAAUAGAAAAGGUAGUUGUAUAGGAUGAGCCAUGACUAGAAUACAGUAUAGAACAUUCAUCUACCCUACUGUAUGUGACUCCACAUUAGUCUUUUCAGUGUGAGGGAUUCCAGUCAGGAUCUAAAAUCUCCCAGACAUCUCAGCCCAUGUGUGGCUGCCAUGUCUUCUGAGAGCUUUGCUGAGUAUGGCACUGUUGGCACACAUUUCACCAGGUCAGUGUGUAUUUAGGAUUUAAUUACCGGCAAAUGAAGUCCCAAAACUGUUCGAGGACCAUUUUGUCUAAGACGUUCCUUGCCUCUGAGAUUGAACUGCAGUACAUGGAUUUGCAAUGACUCAGCAUUGUGUGUGUUAAGCUGUAUGUGUUAAGACUAAGCGUCUGCUACAGCUUGUGUUUCCAUCUAACACCCCAGUCAUAUUGGAGCAUCUGACAACAUAAACAGUAUGGUGUGGUAUCAAGUCCAGCUGGCAGAGAGAGGGGAGACAAUCUGGGGGACCAAGAAAACCAAAGACUGGCAUACAUACACUAAACUUGACAAUGAAAGAUGUGAUGAUAAUGGUGUAUGUACUCUCUCUCAGGUGUUCCUUACCUACUCUAAUGCGGACUAUGACAGGCAUAAUGAUGAUGUUGACCCCGUGUCUGCCUCUGCUGAAUAUGAAAUGGAGAAGAGAGUGGACAAGAUGGACCUCCUCCCUGUCCAGAUAGAGAAAGGUUGGUCCCUCUCUGCUAUCGCUCUCCCUCUAUCCUUUACCUCUUCCAUUCCUUUAUAUUCCUCUCUCCUUAUCUCUUUUACUUCUCUCUCACGCCCUUCAUCAGCCCAUCUCUCUCUCUCUCCUUCUGUUUUUACACCUACUCUUUGUCCAACUCCCCCUUUCUCUGUCUGUCUGUAGGAGACGAGGGUCUGGGUAUCAGUAUAAUAGGGAUGGGGGUAGGGGCUGACCAGGGUCUGGAGAAGCUGGGCAUCUUCGUUAAGACCAUCACAGAGAACGGAGCUACACAACAGGACGGACGGUGAGAAUCUGAUCUAAGGGCAAUGAUGCCUUCCUUUCUAAUGGUAGGAUGUGAGUGUAAUACUGUAAGCUGAUCCUAGAUCUGUGUAUCUCUGUGUGUGUGUGUCAGUAUCCAGGUGAAUGACCAGAUAGUGGAGGUGGAUGGGGUCAGUCUGGUCGGAGUCACACAGCUGUUUGCUGCCACUGUGCUGAAGAACACCAUUGGCACUGUCAAGUAUACACACACACACACACGCACACACACACACACAUACACAGAACCUAAGCCGAUUGGUUGUACCACUUAACACAGGCUCCUGAUUUGUCAUUGUCUCUCACUGCAGGUUUUUGAUAGGCCGGGAGAAGCAGGGGGAGGAGAGUGAGGUGGCUCGUCUGAUCACUCAGAGUCUGGAGCAGGACAAGAGACCACCUACAGUGGAGGUAGGUGUGUGUGACUGUGUAUACAGUGCCUUCAGAAAGUAUUCACACCCCUUGACUUUUUCCACAUUUUGUUGUUAAAGUGGGAUUAAAAUGUAUUUUGUCAUUUUUUGUCAGUGAUCUACACAAAAUACUCUGUCAAAGUGGAAGAAAUUCUAAUAAACGAUAUAUACAAAAGUAUGUGGACACCCCUUCAAAUGAGUGGAGCUACAGUGAGGGAAAAAAGUAUUUGAUCCCCUGUUGAUUUUGUACGUUUGCCCACUGACAAAGAUAUGAUCAGUCUAUAAUUUUAAUGGUAGGUUUAUUUUAACAGUGAGAGACAGAAUAACAACAAAAAAUCCAGAAAAACGCAUGUCAAAAAAAUUUAUAAAUUGAUUUGCAUUUUAAUGAGGGAAAUAAGUAUUUGACCCCCUCUCAUUCAGAAAGAUUUCUGGCUCCCAGGUGUCUUUUAUACAGGUAACGAGCUGAGAUUAGGAGCACACUCUUAAAGGGAGUGCUCCUAAUCUCAGCUUGUUACCUGUAUAAAAGACGCCUGUCCACAGAAGCAAUUAAUCAAUGAGAUUCCAAACUCUCCACCAUGGCUAAGACCAAAGAGCUCUCCAAGGAUGUCAGGGACAAGAUUGUAGACCUACACAAGGCUGGAAUGGGCUACAAGACCAUCGCCAAGCAGCUUGGUGAGAAGGUGACAACAGUUGGUGCGAUUAUUCGCAAAUGGAAGAAACACAAAAGACCUGUCAAUCUCCCUCGGCCUGGGGCUCCAUGCAAGAUCUCCCCUCGUGGAGUUGCAAUGAUCAUGAGAACGGUGAGGAAUCAGCCCAGAACUACACGGGAGGAUCUUGUUAAUGAUCUCAAGGCAGCUGGGACCAUAGUCACCAAGACAACAAUUGGUAACACACUAUGCCGUGAAGGACUGAAAUCCUGCAGCGCCCACAAGGUCCCCCUGCUCAAGAAAGCACAUAUACAGGGCCGACUGAAGUUUGCCAAUGAACAUCUGAAUGAUUCAGAGGUGUUGUGGUCAGAUGAGACCAAAAUUGAGCUCUUUGGCAUCAACUCAACUCGCCGUGUUUGGAGGAGGAGGAAUGCUGCCUAUGACCCCAAGAACACCAUCCCCACCGUCAAACAUGGAGGUGGAAACAUUAUGCUUUGGGGGUGUUUAUCUGUUAAGGGGACAGGACAACUUCACCGCAUCAAAGGGACGAUGGACGGGGCCAUGUACUGUUAAAUCUUGGGUGAGAACCUCCUUCCCUCAGCCAGGGCAUUGAAAAUGGGUCGUGGAUGGGUAUUCCAGCAUGACAAUGACCCAAAACACACGGCCAAGGCAACAAAGGAGUGGCUCAAGAAGAAGCACAUUAAGGUCCUGGAGUGGCCUAGCCAGUCUCCAGACCUUAAUCACAUAGAAAAUCUGUGGAGGGAGCUGAAGGUUCGAGUUGCCAAACGUCAGCCUCGAAACCUUAGUGACUUGGAGAAGAUCUGCAAAGAGGAGUGGAACAAAAUCCCUCCUGAGAUGUGUGCAAACAUUGUGGCCAACUACAAGAAAUGUCUGACCUCUGUGAUUGCCAACAAGGGUUUUGCCACCAAGUACUAAAUCAUGUUUUGCAGAGGGGUCAAAUACUUAUUUCCCUCAUUAAAAUGCAAAUCAAUUUAUAACAUUUUUUAUAUGCGUUUUUCUGGAUUUUUUUGUUGUUAUUCUGUCUCUCACUGUUCAAAUAAACCUACCAUAAAAAUUAUAGACUGAUCAUGUCUUUGUCAGUGGGCAAAUGUACAAAAUCAGCAGGGGAUCAAAUACUUUUUUCCCUCACUGUAUUUCAGCCACACCCGUUGCUGACAGGUGUAUAAAAUCGAGCACACAGCCAUGCAAUCUCCAUAGACAAACAUUGGCAGUAGAAUGGCCUUACUGAACAGCUCAGUGACUUUCAACAUGACACCAUCAUAGGAUGCCACCUUUCCAACAAGUCAGUCUGUCAAAUUUCAUGGUUCUUAACGCUACAGCAUACAAUGACAUUCUAGACAAUUCUGUGCUUCCAACUUUGUGGUAACAGUUUGGGGAAGGCCUUUUCCUGUUUCAGCAUGACAAUGCCCCCAUGCACAGUGAGGUCCAUACAGAAAUGGUUUGUCGAUCGGUGUGGAAGAACUUGACUGGCCUGCACAGAGGCCUGAGCUCAACCCCAUUGAGCCAGGCCUAAUCGCCCAACAUCAGUGCCCGACCUCACUAAUGCUCUUGUGGCUGAAUGGAAGCAAGUCCCCGUAGCAAUGUUCCAACAUCUAGUAGAAAGCCUUCCCAGAAGAGUGGAGGCUGUUAUAGCAGCAAAGGGGGGACCAACUUCAUAUUAAUGCCCAUGAUUAAUAUGGAGACGUUCGACGAUCAGGUGUCCACAUACUUAUAGUCAUGUAGUGUAUAUCUUGAUUAGAAAAGUAUCCAACCCCCAAAAUCGAUACAUGUUAGACUUUGGCAGUAAUUGCAGCUGUGAAUCUUUCUGGGUAAGUCUCUAAGAGCUUUGCACACCUGGAUUGUACAAUAUUUGCACAUUAUUCUUUAAGAAAAUUAUUAAAGCUCUGUCAAGUUGGUUGUUGAUCGUUGCUAGACAGAAAUGUUCAGCCAUUUUGCUAGACAGACAAUUUAAGUCAAACUAGGUCACUCAGGGACAUUGGUAAGCAGCUCCAGUGUAUAUUUGGCCUUGUCUUUUAGGUUAUUGUCCUGCUGAAAGGUGUAUUUGUCUCCCAGUGUCUGUUGGAAAGCAGACUGAAACCGGUUUUCUUUUUAUGAUUUUGCCUGUCCUUGGCUCUAUUCUGUUUAUUUUUAUCCAACAAAACUCACUAGUCCUUUCCGAUGACGAGCAUACAUGAUGCAGGCACCACCGUGCUUGGAAAUAUGAAGUGGUAAUCAGUGAUGUUGGAUUUGCCUCAAACAAAAACGCUUUGUAUUCAGGACAUAGUUAACUUCUUUCCCAUAGUUUCUGCAGUUUUUCUUUAGUGCCUUAUUUCAAACAGGAUGCAUGUUUUGGAAUAAUUUUUUUUCCGUACAGGCUUCCUUCUUUUCACUCUGUCAUUUAGCUUAGUAUUUUUGAGUAAUUACAAUGCUGGUGAUCCAUCCAGUUUUCUCCUAUCACAGCCAUUAAACUCUGUAACUGUUUUAAAGUCACUGUUGGCCUCAUGGUGAAAUCCCUGAGAGUUUUCCUUCCUCUCCGGCAACUGAGUUAGGAAGGACGCCUGUAUCUUUGUAGUGACUGGGUGUAUUGAUACACCAGCCAAAGUGUAAUUAAAAGCUUCACCAUGCUCAAAGGAUAUUAAUUGUCUGCUGUUUUUUUUUAUCCAUCUACCAAUAGGUGCCCUUCUUUGCAAGGCAUUGGAAAACAUCACUGGACUUAGUGUUUGAAAUUCACUGCUCGACUGAGGGACCUUACAGAUAAUUGUAUGUGUGGGGUGCAGAGAUGAGGUAGUCAUUAGAAAAUUAUGUUAAACACUAUUAUUGCACACCGAGUGAGUCCAUGCAAAUAUUAUGUAACUUGUUAAGCUCUCCUGAACUCCUGAAUUUAUUUAGGCUUGCCAUAAGAAAGGGGUUGAAUACUUAUUGACUUACAACAUUUCAGAGUUUCAUUUGCAAUUAUAUUUUACAAAUUAGAAACAUAAUUCCACUUUGACAUUAUGGGGUAUUUUGUGUAGGCCAGUGACACAAAAUCUCAAUUUAAUCCAUUUAAAAAAUCAGGCUGUAACACAAGAAAAUGUGGGAAAAGUAAAGGUGUGUGAAUACUUUCUGAAGGCACUGUACAGAAUCAUUCCUAAUUGGUUGUACCUGCGUGUGGGUGUUUAUGUAUCUCAGUUGCUAAAUGGAGGUGAUGAUGGUGGUGGUGCUCUGGGGCUGAGCACAGUGGAUGAGAGAGAGGAAGAUCUUCUCCUUACAGAGGAGGAGGAGGAUGAAGAGGAAGACAUAACCAGCCUGGACUCAGCCCAGCUCUGCUUUAAAUACCAACAGGUGAGUCAGUCAGAUGUGUUGAAGUCUGGUAUUGUGUGUGUGUGCGUGCGCUCUGGUGAAGACUAACUUUUUUACCCCUCAGAAGGCAUUAUGUUCCUGGUCCCAAAACAGCUGCUAGUGUCUGGAGAUCUGAUGGGAUCAGAUAGGUGUUAGUGUUAAUAAGUGUAUUGACUUUGUUUUGUAUGAAGUGUUUUCAAGUGUGUUCUGGUCUCGCCUCAGCUCCAGUUAAAGCUCAGGACCAGAUCAGACCAACUCUGCCUAGCCCGGGAGAAGGUAGGUCACACUGACGAGACUGUCAAAACGCAUGCUAACACACUCGCGCACACACACACUCUUCCUCCCUCUCAGAACAGACUAAUUUAGCUCUCUAUGAGACGUCCCUGUCUACAGUCUGAAUGAUUAGUACAGAUGCCAUGUUCCAAUAACCUUGAAAAUAUACAAUUUCUUCUUGUCCGUCUUCCCUGUGUUAUCACUGAUCUGACAUGACAGCAUUGAUUAAAGCUAUCUAAUCUAGGCCCAUACUUUUACCUAUACAAUUGUGUUAGAUGAGUGAUUAUUUAGGAAAAAGGAAGGCUGGAUCUUCACGGUAUUGGAACAUGGCUGAAGUGGAUUUGUUUUCUGGGUGCUUAGUAGAGUGGGUAGAGGAUGUGUCUAAGGGGGUGUCUACUGUCGAGGGAUGAGGGCUGAGGGCUAGAUGAAGGGGCUCAUGGUAUGGGGCUAGGGAACUGGUUACCCACCUGUCUGUCCUCCAGCUGAGGGUUUGUGAGGAGCAGUGGGCCUCGUGGGAGAGUCGUCAGGAUGAGCUGGAGCGGAGUGUCCAGGAUGGAGAGGAGAAGGCUGACAAACUAGAGAAGUAAUCAUCAAUUACACUGAUCUACCAGUCACUAAUUUAGUAUGAUGGUGAUGGAAAAUUAUGCCAAUGGUGGUGAUGAACAUGAUGGUGAUGAUGAAGAAUGUGAUUGUUCUUCUAGGUACUGGCAGGAGGCCCAGGCUCUGUGCAGGAUUGUGAACCAGCGAUUGGCUGACACUCAGAGCCAAUUCGACAGCCUAGAGGUCAAAUACAGCAAGGCCAAGAGACUGCUGAGGGAAUUCCAACACAGGUGAGCUCUGGGUAAUGUAGUCAACAGUGAAAAUGCCCCUGUAGGCCAAUUAGGAAUAUUCACUGCCUGUUUAGAAAGUCUAUUUAUCUCUGUGUCUGAUGGUCCCUCUGUCCCUGUGCAGAGAGAAGGAGAGUGAGAGGAGAGAGGAGGAGCUGCAGAGAGAGAUGGAGGAGACCGAGAGGAGACACAGAGAUACCGUGGAUAGACUACAGAGACAGGUGGGACUGGAGGAGACGACGUAAACUGUACUGUAGUGCUACUACCUGAGUGAGCCAAGUGUUUUUUCCUCUGUUCAGAUAGGUCACCUGGAGCGAGGGGAGGCGGUCCCUGAGAUCGACAACCAAUCACUGGACACCUCAUUUACCUCAAGUAAGACACUGCCCCUCAGGUAGCAUGUGUCUGUGUGUGUGCGAGCAUGUGUGUAUCUUUGUGUAUUGAGCCUCUCAGACUGUGUGUUUGUUUCAGGUGCAGACUGGAGCAUUGUGGUGCCUGAGACGGGUCGGUUGGAUACCAGUGCUCACAGGGCCAGAGCACAGCUCGCCCAGAAAGCCAAGAGACACCCUCCCUCACGAGACAAACUCAGAGAGUCCUUCAGGAGACAGGUUAGACAUACACACGCACGCACACACAUUCCAUUGACACACACUGAAUGUUCUAUCACUCCCUGUAGGGUGAGGAAGACCAGACUCAGGCCUGUGACGAGAAGAGACAAUCGCUGACUGCGUGCACACCCCGAGAGGCGGGACGUUCUGUCUCAGCAGGAGGUGACCGUGUCCACUCCAGCACCUCCUCUCUGUCUGCCCUCACCCCCCAGUCCCAUCCUCCCUCCUCUCUCCUCACCCCCCAGCCAGGCCAGUCUCCUUCUAAAGAGGACAACUCUUCUACCACACACAAAUCAAAGAGAAGAUUCCCUGACUUCAGGUAGGUUGCUCACCAGAUCCUCUUGUAGUCAUAAUGUACAGCAAGCCCAAUCUCAACCCCUAACCCCUUUCCCCUAGGCACUUCUGAGCAGAUAAGAUGCACUAUACAUUCAAAAGUAUGUGCACACCGCUUCAAAUUAGUGGAUUUGGCUAUUUCAGCCACCCCUGUUGCUGACAGGUGUAUAAAAUCGAGCACACAGCCAUGCAAUCUCCAUAGACAAACAUUGGCAGUAGAAUGGACCGAUACUGAAGAGCUCAGUGACUUUCAACGUGGCACCGUCAUAGAAUGCCACCUUUCCAACAAGUCAGUUUGUCAAAUUUCUGCCCUGCUAGAGCUGCCCCAGUCAACUGUAAGUGCUGUUAUUGUGAAGUGGAAACAUCUAGGAGCAACAACGGCUCAGCCGCGAAGUGGUAGGCCACACAAGGUCACAGAACGGGACCGGUGAGUGCUGAAGCGCGUUGCAACACUCACUACCGAGUUCCAAACUGCCUCUGGAAGCAAUGUCAGCACAAUAACUGUUUGUCGGGAGCUUCAUGAAAUGGGUUUCCAUGGCCAAGCAGCCGCACACGCAAUGCCAAGCUACCUGCCCCAAUGCAUAGUGCCAACUGUAAAGUUUGGUGGAGGAGGAAUAAUGGCCUGGGGUUGUUUUACAUGGUUCAGGCUAGGCCCCUUAGUUCCAGUGAAGGGAAAUCUUAAUGCUACAGCAUACAAUGACAUUCUAGAUGAUUCUGUGCUUCCAACUUUGUGGCAACAGUUUGGGGAAGGUCCUUUCCUGUUUCAGCAUGACAAUGCCCCCUUGCACAAAGAGAUGUCCACUCAGAAAUGGUUUGUCGAGAUCGGUGUGGAACAACUUGACUGGCCUGCACAGAGCCCUGACCUCAAUCCCAUCGAACACCGACUGCAAGCCUAAUCGCCCAACAUCAGUGCACAACCUCACUAAUGCUCUUGUGGCUGAAUGGAAGCAAGUCCCCGCAGCAAUGUUCCAACAUCUAGUGGAAAGCCUUCCCAGAAGAGUGGAGGCUGUUAUAGCAGCAAAGCGGGGACCAACUCCAAAUUAAUGCCCAUGAUUUUGGAAGGAGAUGUUCGACGAGCAGGUGUCCACAUACUUUUGGCCAUGUAGUGUAUGUAUAGGCAAUGUGGUAAAAGCUCCACCUUGCCCUCUGAUAGUCCUCUAACCUCCCUGUUCUUCUGCCCUCUAGCAGCCUCCGCAAGUCUCUGAGCAGAGGGAGGAAGAGUGAGAAGGAGAAGAACAAGAGAAGGUCCCUGGAACACAGGUAAAACAUAGUAGACACACUACGGAACUAGCAGAGAAAACGGGUCCAGUCAAUACUAUACACACACCAUGUACAGCCAUUUCUAUUUACACACACAUUACAUUUCUUCUUUCACAGUGUUUCUGCCGUCCCUCUGUUUGACUGUUGUGUUGUCUUUCUCUGUCCCCAGGGGUUCGUGUGGUGACCUGGUAGAUGACUCCAGCAGUGGCGUGUCUCCCUCAGGCUCUGUCACCUCCAUGCCCUCCUGCCUGCCCUUCUCCUGGUUUGGGGAGCGAGGACGGGAGAGAAUGAAGAAGGAGAGAGAGAAGCUUAGGUCGGUCUCCAGCAGCAGUCUACCCUACAUGACCACCGGAGGCAGUAGAGACUGCCAGGUGAGAGGGGAGGCGCGCAAGCGCACACACACACCUGGCCUUUCAUCUCAGACUACCCUGGACUUCAAAUUUCAUUUUUGCUCCAAAGCACUUGUUUAGCUCAAUAAUUGAGUGGCUUAUGAUUUUGCAUGCUUAUUUCACCUGGGGCCUUUCAUUUUAUACUGUACUCACUCUUGACUGUGCGGUUGUUUGUGUGUGUGUGUGUGUGUGUGUGUGUGUGCAAGCGUGCUCUUCACAGUGUUUGUGUGAGUCACAAAUGUCUUUGCUCAUUCUAGAGACUGAGUGUAGCAGAUGCAGGCAGUACCAGCUCUGCUCUCCUGUCAGGGAUGCUAUCAGAUAUGUCUCUCUCUGGGCGUUCUCAAACUCUCACCUUCUCCUCCUCAGAGGUGAGUCUCUCUCAAUCUCUCACAUGGUCUCCCUCUAUUUCUCACUCCUUCCUCUCUCCCCUUCUCUCUGUCUUAUCACCCUUCUCUCUCUGACCUGAUUUCUGUUCUAGUUUUCUACCAUUCCCUGAUUGUUUUCUCCUCUGCUCAUAUGGCUGGAUUGUGGUUUACUUUCCCCUGAAUGACCCAGAAUGUGAUGGAAUAUUAAGGUGUUAGUUUGUUUUUAAUUUUUUAAUGUUUUGGGUUUGUGUCGAUCUGUCCGUCUGUCUGUCCCUCUCUGUAGACUCUGGAAGAUGACUCUGUCCUAGUUGGUAACAAUAAUCAAUGGCAAAGCCAACCCCUGGACCAAUGGACCAAUCAGCAGGUCUGUCUGUGGUUGAUUGGCAUUAGCAUGGACCAAUACGCAGCCGAGUUCACGGCCAAUGGUGUGGAUGGGCUGCAACUCCUCAAUCUGGACAACAACAAACUCAAAGUAGGUUUGUUCUACAGGGAGUCAAGGGCAAUGUCUUAAUACUGUUAGACAUCAUCCUCUCCUCACCUUCUGUCCUCAGUGUUCUGAUAAUUGAAAGGACUGAAUGGGUUUCCCUAAUCAGUGACCAGCUAGGAAAGGGGGCUAGUGAAGAGUAUUGUGACGCAUCCCUUCGAUGAAUGAGUUAAUUCCUUAUGGAUCAGCCCAUAUGUGUCACAUAAAUGAAAGUCUCCCUCCCCUUCUUUCUCUUCCCCUCUUUCUCUCUAGGCUCUGGGGGUGUGUAGUCAUAGUGACCGUGCUGCUCUGAAGAGAAGGCUGAAGGAGAUGAGGAAGACUCUGGAGAGAGAGGAGAGGGCGAAGGGAAUGGAGAGAGAGGAAAAGGAAAGUGAGAAGAGGAAGAUGGAGAUAGAAAGCAGAAGGAAGGGGAAGGAAAGGGAGAAGAGGAGCAAUGAGAGUGAAGGAAAGGGGAAGAAGAUGGUGGAGGGAAAAGAGGCCAGAUGUAGUGGUAAAAAGGUCAGAACAGAGUCACUCUGCUGAAGUCUGCACACUGAUCUCUGACCCCUAAACCCAGAAAUGUUUUAUCUGAUAAGUCCUACUACUAUUAGGCUCAUCUCAUGCAUUCCAGUCUUUAGACAAGCAGCUAUAGUCUCUAUUAUAGUCUCUCUAUCAGCAAAGAAAUGUCUUACUGUAAGUCUUCACCGCGGCUGGUGAAAUAUAGUUUUUAUUUAUUUUUUAA